AUGAGUAGAGACGAUGAAUAUGACUAUCUUUUCAAAGUCGUCCUUAUUGGUGACUCUGGUGUUGGUAAAACAAACCUUUUAAGUCGUUUUACCCGUAACGAAUUUAAUUUGGAAUCAAAAAGUACUAUUGGUGUCGAAUUUGCCACUCGUUCUGUUCAAGUUGAUAACAAGACUGUAAAAGCUCAAAUUUGGGACACAGCCGGUCAAGAAAGAUACCGUGCGAUUACUAGUGCUUACUACCGAGGUGCUGUCGGUGCAUUGCUUGUCUAUGAUAUCGCUAAAUAUGCUACCUAUGAAAAUGUGAUGCGCUGGUUAAAGGAACUCCGUGACCAUGCUGAUUCGAAUAUUGUCGUCAUGUUGGUCGGAAACAAGAGUGAUCUGCGACAUUUACGUGCAGUUCCUACAGAAGAAGCCAAGCAGUUUGCAGCUGAUAAUGGGCUUUCAUUCAUUGAAACCUCUGCGUUAGAUUCUAGUAAUGUAGAACUUGCUUUCCAAAGGAUUUUGACAGAAAUCUAUCGUAUCGUGUCCAAUAAGGCACUAGAAUCUUCUAAUGAUGUUAUUAGGCCUACUGCUGGACAAACCAUUAAUGUCAGUCAACCAACUGAAGAACAAAAGCAAGGUGGAGGUUGCUGUUAA